UAUUCUUCGCAGAAUAUCAAAACCAAUUAAAUCACUUCCACAAUGUUCAAAUUGACCAUUGCCCUGUUCGCCAUCAUUGCCUGUGCUGCUGCCAAACCUGGUCUGUUUAGUACUCCUUUGGCCUACACAGCACCUGCUGCUGUAGUUGCUGCCGCCCCAGCCCCCUUUGUCACAGCCACCAGUAGUCAAGUGAUUGCCCGCAAUUACAAUGGCAUUGCUACUGCUCCAGUUGUUGCACCUGUAGUUGCCAAAACUAUUGCUGCUCCAGUGGCAGCUGCCUACACUGCCCCAAUUGCUGCCGCAUACUCCGCUCCUUUGACUUAUAAUGCUCCAUUAGCGUACUCAGCUCCCUUGGCCUAUGCUGCUGCACAUGCUCCUCUUUUACUAUAA